GGCAGACCUCCCCGCCGACCGCCAGCGCCCGCCCCGCCGCAGCCCCGCCGCGCUCCGAGCCUCGGCCCGCUCCUUGCGAAGCACCCGACCAUGUCCGCCGCCGGCUUGGGCUCCGUCCGCUUCGUCUUGGCGCUCCUGCUCGCCCUCUGCAGCCGGACGGCUUCCAGCCAGGACUGCAGCGGGCAGUGCCAGUGUGCGGCCGCGCCGGCGCCGCGGUGCCCGGCAGGCGUCAGCCUGGUGCUGGACGGCUGCGGCUGCUGCCGCGUAUGCGCCAAACAACUGGGCGAGCUGUGCACUGAGCGCGACCCCUGCGACCCGCACAAGGGCCUCUUCUGCGACUUUGGCUCCCCGGUCAACCGCAAGAUCGGCGUGUGCACCGCUAAAGAUGGUGCCCCCUGCGUCUUUGGAGGAACAGUGUACCGGAGCGGGGAGUCCUUCCAGAGCAGCUGCAAAUACCAGUGCACUUGUCUGGACGGGGCUGUGGGCUGCGUGCCCUUGUGCAGCAUGGACGUUCGCCUACCCAGCCCGGACUGCCCCUUCCCCCGGAGGGUCAAGCUGCCCGGGAAAUGCUGCGAGGAGUGGGUGUGCGACGAGCCCAAGGACCACACUGUGGUUGGCCCUGCCCUCGCCGCUUACCGACUGGAAGACACGUUUGGCCCAGACCCAACAAUGAUUCGAGCCAACUGCCUCGUCCAGACCACAGAGUGGAGCGCCUGUUCCAAGACCUGUGGGAUGGGCAUCUCCACUCGAGUUACCAAUGACAACACCUUCUGCAGGCUGGAGAAGCAGAGCCGCCUCUGCAUGGUCAGGCCUUGCGAAGCUGACCUGGAAGAGAACAUUAAGAAGGGCAAAAAGUGCAUCCGUACCCCCAAAAUCUCCAAGCCUGUCAAGUUUGAGCUCUCUGGCUGCACCAGUGUGAAGAGCUACCGGGCCAAGUUCUGUGGAGUGUGCACCGAUGGUCGAUGCUGCACCCCCCACAGAACCACCACCCUUCCGGUGGAGUUCAAGUGUCCUGAUGGUGAGGUCAUGAAGAAGAGCAUGAUGUUCAUCAAGACCUGUGCCUGCCAUUACAACUGCCCUGGAGACAAUGACAUCUUCGAAUCGCUGUACUACAAGAAGAUGUAUGGAGACAUGGCAUAAAGCCAGAGAGCGUGAGAGACAUUAACUCAUUAGACUGUAACUUGAACUGAUUCACAUCUCAUUUUUGUGUAAACAUGAAUUCAGUUAGCACAAGUUAUUUAAAUCUGUUUUUCCAUCAGGGAAAAGAAAAUUCCCACCAAAUUCAAAACAUUGUGCUAUGUGGCAUUCAAACAAAUAGUCUAUCAACUCCAGACACUGGUUUGAAGAAAGUAAGACUUGACAGUGGGACCACAUUAGCUCACAGCGUCACAAUGUGUAAUAGGAUGUGGCUUUGGGAGCAGUGGGAGGGCACCAGGAGAAAGUAGUACCAUCAGGAUGUUAUCUUAAAGUGGAAAGGGGCUUGCUAUGUGGAGUGUAACUGAGAAGGAAGAUUUUAGCAUGCUCAAUGACCUGCCUGUUGCUCCAGCAACAGCUAGGAUGUGUGUCCUCCAGCCAUCAAGAGGCUGAGUCAAGCUGUCCUUAAAGUCAGAACAGCAGAUUCAGCUUUGACAUUCUGAUUUGAAUGGCAGUGUUCAGGAAUCAGAAUCCUGUCUAUUAGACUGGACAGCUUGUGGCAAGUUAGUUUGCCUCUAACAAGCCAGAUUUUUUUUAUUGAUAUUGUAAAUAUUGUGUAUAUAUAUAUUUGUACAGUUAUCUAAGUUAAUUUAAAAUUGUUUGUUUUGGUUGUUAAUGCUUUGAUAUUUCAACGAUAGCCUCAAUUUCUGAACACCAUAGGUAGGAUGUAAAGCUUGUCUGAUAAUUCAAAGCGUGAAAUGGAUACUUAAAUGGAAAUUUUGCUCAGUUAGAGUGACAGUCCAUCAAGACAGGUUGUUUACUAAAGGUGAGGCAGAGAUGUCCUUAGAAGUCUGACUUGUAGGUUGGAAAUGUGCUGGCCUCACUUUUAAUGAACAAAUGGCCAUUAUUAAAAAAAUGAGUGGCUUUAUAGCUGAUCAAUUUUUCCACCUGGAAGCAUUUGUUUCUACUUUGACUAUGACUGUUUUCUGGACAGUUUGUUGAGAGUGUGACCAAAAGUUACAUGUUUGCACCUUUGUAGUUGAAAAUAAAGUAUAUAUUUUUUCUAUAAA